AUACACACAUCUCUUGAAUAAGGGAAUGAGGAAUACAAUGUAUCCGCUUUCUUUCAAGAUGUCUGUGGGUUGUGGAUCUUUGUUGAUGUGGAUAAUAAUGCUGCAAGCUCAUUUCUCAUUUUCAGCAGCAUGUUUUAAAAAUGAGAGAAAAUUCUUGCUGGAUUUCAAGGCCGGUCUUGAUCUUUCUUCAGGUCGGUUAUCCUCUUGGCGGGGAUUGAACUGUUGCGAGUGGGAGGGUGUUGCCUGUGAUUACCACACAUCCCAUGUCAUUCGCCUUGAUUUAAGUAAUCCGGUUGAUUAUGAUUUAAGUAUCGAUUGGCACCACUACCGGUUGAGUGGGGAGCUUCAUCCAUCUUUGUUUAAUCUGCGCCAUCUACAGCAAUUGGAUCUCACACGAAAUGACUUUAAAGGUAUUUCUAUUCCUCCCUUACUGUCAAAACUGCAGAGGCUUUCAUUUCUUAGCCUGUCAGAUGCCGGAUUUGGUGGCGAAGUCCCUCUGGAGUUGGGAAAUAUGUCAAGCUUGCGUCAUUUGGAUUUGACAAGUGAUUGGCGACAUAUGUUGAGGAGUAGUAAGUUUGAUGUAUGGGUAAGAAAUCUAAGAAGCCUAGAAUUCUUAGAUAUGAGUUAUGUGAACCUGACAAUGGCGUCUGAGCACUGGGGCGAGGCCCUUAGCGGUCUUGCCAAUCUUUCCCAAAUUCACAUGUAUUGGUGUAAGCUCUCAGGUAAUAUUCCAGAUCUAUCAAACCUCACCCGUUUAUCACAUUUAGAGUUAGAUUCUAAUUCAUUCCCGUUUGAACUACCCACCUGGUUUGAGAACGUGUCCUCAUUGGUUUCACUUGAGCUCCAGGGCUGUCAUCUAAUUGGUUCCAUCCCUUCCAAUUUCAUGCCCCGUUCAAAAUUGAGCGUUCUUAGUAUUGGAAACAAUAACUGGAAAGGAAAGCUUUCUUUCUUUCUAAACCACUCUUCCUCCCUUGUUGCGAUGCACCUCAACUCUUGCAAUUUAGGACGAGUGAUUUCCCCCGUCAUUACAAAUUUUUCAAAACUUGAGACCUUGUAUCUCCGCUGGAACAAUCUCCAAGGAGGUAUACCGUCCUCUUUAGACAGCCUUUCGUCCCUUGCGACUCUGGACCUUAGUUACAACCAGCUAACUGGUCAAAUUCCCCCGUCUUUGUGUGAUGUUUCGGCAUCACGUGAACUCCAUCUAAGCCAUAACCAAUUGUCAGGAACAAUUCCAGAUUGCAUUUUAAAGAUGUCCAGUUUGAAAGUUUUGUCACUUUCUUCCAACGGAUUAACAGGCAACAUUUCACUUCAACUUUUCGACAGUCUCACUCACCUUCAAGAACUGGACCUUUCUGAAAAUCAGUUUCACAUUAACAUCUCUACUAGCUGGGUUCCUCAGUUUGCUCAUCUGGAGCAGCUUCUUUUGGGGUCUUGCAAUAUAGAAGGCAACUUUCCUCCAUUUUUGUCCCAGCAAUUUCAAUUGAAAGUGCUAGAUCUUUCAGAUAACAGCAUUGUGGGAAAUCUACCUUCGUGGCUGUGGGAUCUUCCUAAUAUUACUUUUCUCAAUCUUUCAAAUAACAUGCUGGAAGGUUCUCUACCCCGGAAGAUAUCUCAUACUUUCAGGACAGUGGACUUGCAUGGAAAUGGAUUAUAUGGCUCUCUUCCUGCUCUUGAUUUUUUUUCAUACUUACUAGAUCUGUCAGAUAAUGAAUUCACGGGCUCCAUUCCUGAAACAAAUGGCAAAUUUUUGUUUCUAUCAUUGUCAGGGAAUAAACUGACUGGAGAAAUUCCAACGUUUGCAUGUACCGAUUCAACUGAAAUUGCAGAUGCAUUGGAGAUUUUUAACUUGUCAAAGAACAAGCUAACAGGUAUGAUUCCUAGAAGCAUUGGGAGAUGUUCCAGUUUAUCAGUUUUAAAUUUAGCUCAAAAUGUUUUGCAAAAGGAGAUUCCAAGGGAGCUGGGAAAUCUAAAGGCUCUUCGAACACUAAAUCUCAAUCACAAUAGUUUGCAAGGUAGAGUUCCUUCAUCCGUUGCCAACUGCAUUCAUCUCCGAGUUCGUGACUUAGGAAAUAACAAUUUUGAGGGUAGCCUUCCUAUUUGGAUUGAAAAGCUGGUAGAUUUGAGAAUUCUCAGUUUAGCUUCUAAUAAGUUCGAAGGCAACAUUCCAUCUCAGCUGGUCAAAUUACAGAAUCUUCAAAUUCUUGAUUUAUCUGGGAACAAUUUAUCAGGAAAUAUUCCUCGAGAUGUGAGCAAAUUAUAUGCUAUGGUCAAUCAAUCACAAAGUAAUGAUGUACAACAAACGUAUGGUAGUUCUUAUUUUACAGUGGAAGGCUUUGACCAUCUUCUACAAUAUGCGGAUGAUGUAACUAUUUGGAUAAAGGGAAGGAAUCUAACCUACAAGAAGAUAAUCAGCUCAGCCAAGUUCAUCGAUCUAUCACAUAACAAUCUAUCAGGUAAUAUUCCUCUAGAAUUUGGACUUUUCAAGGGUUUGAUAUCUCUCAACAUAUCAAAAAAUAAUUUGAGUGGCUCAAUCCCAAAAUCUUUUGGAGCCCUGGCUCAGCUAGAGUCGUUGGAUCUUUCACAAAAUAGGUUGUCAGGAAAGAUUCCUUCUGAACUCUUAAGUCUCACAUUCCUUGCUGUUCUAAAUCUUUCAAACAACAUGUUGUCGGGGUUAAUACCACAAGGGAAGCAGUUCUCAACCUUUGGGACUUCUUCCUUUCUAGGAAAUCCCAAUCUUUAUGGACCUCAACUUGAAAACUGCACACAUAAUCUUGGUUUGGGUAACAAGGAGAAUAAAUUUUUUUUGAAUAAUACAGUUGUAGAUAUUGUAAUAGAUCGAUGGUGGGCAGUUGGACUGGGGUUAAGUUAUGGAGUGGGAUUUGCCAGUGUGAUUGCAGUUUUGUGCUUCCACAUAAAAUGGAGAUCCAUAUGCUUUGCUCUGAUGGAUAAUUUAAUCUAUCAUCUCUUCGAACACUGAAUCCAUAGAGCUACUUUGCUUCCAAAACCAUUGUGUUAUAGAUAUGUACCAAUAUGUGUGUUGUUACUCAUAUUAAUUUUGGUUUAUUUGGAUUGUUAUAAUGUACGCUGCUAAAGAAUAU